AUGGACCAUUUCUUCAGAUCUGCACUCCGAAUUUCAUUUUUCUUUCUUUUAACUUUCUUUCUUGGAUUCUUUAAAACCUUUCAUUUUUCUUUAAUCUUUGAGGCUUUCUAUGAGGCAUUCUUUAAGGCUUUCAUUUUUCUUUCUUUAAGGUUUUUCUUUCUUUCCUUUUCUUUCUUUAAGGUUUCUUUCCUUUUUCUUUCUUUCUUUUCUUUUAGGUUUUUCUUUGAGGCUUUCUUUCUUUUUUCUUUUCUUUCUUUAAGCCUUUCAUUUUUUCUUUCUUUAAGUUUUCUUUCUUUCUUUCUUUUUCAUUUUCUUUCUUUUUUUUCUUUUUUCUAUGAGGCAUUCUUUAAGGCUUUCAUUUUUCUUUCUUUAAGCCUUUCUUUUCUUUUCUUUGAGGCUUUCUAUGAGGCAUUCUUUAAGCCUUUCAUUUUUCUUUCUUUAAGGCUUUUUUCUUUAACUUUCUAUGAUUUUUUUUUUUUCUUUCUUCUUUCUUUCUUUCUUUUUUUUCUUUUCUUUCUUUCUUUCUUUCUUUCCUUCUUUUUUCUUUCUUUCUUCAAAAGCUUUGAUUUUUCCUUUCUUCUUUCUUUGGGGCUUUUUUUUUUCUUUUCAUUUUCUUUCUUUCUUUAUUCUUUCUUUCUUUUUUCUUUUUUUCCUUUCUUUUUUUAUCCUUUUUUGUUCUUUCUUUGUUUCUUUCUUUUCUUUCUUUUUUAUCUUUCCUUUUGUUCGUUUCUUUUUCUAAUUUUUCCUUUUCUUUUUUUCUUUUUCUUCUUUUCUCUUUCUUUCUUUUCCUUCUUUCUUUUCUUUUUUUUUCCUUUUUCUUUUUUUUUCGUUAUUUCUUUCGUUCUUUCUUUUUCUUUCUUUUGUUUCGUUUCUUCUUUUUUCUUUUUUCUUUUUUGUUUUGUUUCUUUCUUUCUUCUUUCUUUCUAUUCUUUUUUUCUUUUUCUUUUUUUCUUGUUUCUUUCUUUCUGUUCUUUCUUUUUCUUAUUUUUUGUUUGUUUCUUUCUUUCUAUCUUUUCUACUUUUUCUUCUUUUGUUUCUAUCUUUUUAUUUGUUAUUUGUUUCUUUUUUCUUUCUUUGUUUUUUCUUCUUUCUUUCUUUCUUUCUUUCUUUCUUUCUUUCUUUCUUUCUUUCUUUAUUUAUUUCUCUCUUGUUCGUUCUUUCUUUUCUUUUUUUUCUUUCUUUCAUUAUUCUUAUUUGUUCUUUUUUUCUUAUUUGUUCUUUUUUCUUAUCCUUUUUUUGUUUCUUCUUUCUUUUUCUUUUUUUCUUCUUAAUUUCAUUGUUUUUCAUUCUUUUCUUCUCCUCUUUCUUUCUUUUUCUUCUUUCUUUUUCUUUCCUUCUUCUUACUUUCUUUUUUCUUUCUUGUUUCCUAUUCCGCCUUCGUUCAUUCUUUAA